AUGUCAUCGCUGAUGAGCUUAGCGCCGCGAAAGGCAGUGAUAGCAGAAACUGGACUAGAAGUUGGUGUAGAUGAGGUUAUGAUCAACACAGUUGUUUCAGUGAAAGCUGGAGAAAGUAUACCUAUCGAUGGAGUUGUGGUGGAUGGAAGUUGUGAUGUGGAUGAGAAAACAUUGACAGGAGAGUCCUUUCCUGUCUCCAAACACAGAGAGUCAACUGUUUUGGCUGCAACUAUAAAUCUUAAUGCUUUAGCCCGAGACUGCGUAGUUGCUAAAAUGACUAAGCUUGUAGAAGAAGCACAGAAAAGACAAACCAAAACUCAAAGGUUUAUAGACAAAUGUUCUCGCUACUACACUCCAGCUGUUGUUAUAUUAGCAGCAUGUUUUGCUGUAAUCCCGGCUUUGUUAAAGGUCCAUAACCUCAGCCAUUGGUUUCACUUAGCACUCGUAGUGUUAGUAAGCGGUUGUCCAUGUGGUCUUAUCUUAUCCACACCUGUUGCUACCUUUUGUGCUCUCACUAAGGCAGCCACAUCCGGGUUUCUNAUUAUCUCUUUACUCUGCAAACAUGCUUUGAUAGUAGGUUGA